UAGAUCACCCGUUAAUCAACGGAUCACAUACAGUCUACACCUCUAACACGGAUCGAUCCUGAUAUCCGUCCGAUCAUCACUUUAAGCUCCGACAUUCCAACGGUCCCGAUUCAAAUCCCUUUCCACAAACCAACAAACCAUCAGCUCUAUAUAAAUCACCAAAUCUCGUACCACCUUUCAUCAUAAUCCAAAUCAAGAUAAUUUAUUCUCAAAUUCAAAUUCCCUAAAACCUUUUCGAGAAAAUGUCAGGGAGAGGCAAGGGAGGCAAAGGAUUGGGCAAAGGAGGAGCCAAGAGGCACAGGAAAGUAUUGAGGGACAACAUCCAAGGAAUCACAAAGCCAGCUAUUCGUCGGCUCGCUCGUAGAGGUGGUGUGAAGCGUAUUUCUGGAUUAAUAUACGAGGAGACUCGUGGUGUUCUGAAGAUCUUUUUGGAGAAUGUGAUUCGUGAUUCAGUGACAUACACAGAGCAUGCUAGGAGAAAGACUGUUACUGCUAUGGAUGUGGUUUAUGCCCUCAAGAGGCAAGGAAGGACUCUUUACGGAUUUGGGGGUUAGGGGUUGUUGAAAUUAAGGUUCUUGUUGGUAAUGAUUGUAGAGUUUUAUCUUUGGUUUGCUGGUUAUGUUUUGAGCUUGAUGAUGUAAUUCUCUGUUACAAAUUCAAGGAAUAGAAGUUUGCUUUGUACUUA